AUGAUUGGUGGAGAUGUCGAGGCCGUACAACAGGGGCAGACCCCCAUCGAUUCCACAAUAAAAAAUACGCAAAGCGAGGCCGUACGACAGGAGCUUGAUGCCCCAACAAUUGAUUCAGUGGUAUCACCGCAGAACGAGGAUGUUCCUGAGUUUAGUCUUCUCCCUUUUUUGGUUAAAAAGCCAAGUUCAGAGACUGUGGUACCACUCAAAAGCGGCGAGUUUAAAGACCCAUCAGCUCUCGGAGAGAGUUCGCUUUGCGAGAUAAAAAGUAGUGAAAAUACACAGAAUGCACAGGCGUCAUCCGAUAAAUCGUCUUUUUCUUUACCCUCAACCACAGAGCCAGAUAAUUUACGUAAAAUUUCUACUAGCUCCACAGUAACAGAAAAAAAUAAUACCGAUAGCAAGAAGAAGAGUUAUAUAAAUAGCUCGGCCGUACGGAUACAGAAUAUAGAGAAGACGGAAUACGACUCGCGUACGUCUAUUGGAGGAAUAGAGGCAAACCCGAUUACCAGUGGUACCACCGCAAGUUGUUUAGGUUUACUGUUUACUUUUCUUACUCUCUUACUUAUCGCGAUUAUAUUACUUACUGUUCUGAAACCUAUGUGGGAAAACCGAAAAAGUAUAAGUCAGAGACCACAUAAUUGGGAAUUAAAUUCAGUAGUACCCCAGAAACAUUUUUCAUUUCAUCAAACACAAACUUGA